AUGAAGUUCGUUAUCGUCCUGGUGUCGGCAGGGGUUCUGGCCUUUCUCGGCGCAGUCAUUUGCAUUAUUGCAAGUGUUUACCCUCGACGUUCGACGCCGGGUGUACCUCAAGCUUUGGCUGACAAUCGGUCUUUGUCCUCGGAUUCUCUCCUAGAACCCCUCGGUCCGGGAUCCGUAGCCCAUGCGGGCCCGCUGGGAGCUCUCCACGGUUCUGAUUCUUACGAGGGGGGCCUGGGCCUCGGCAUGGAUAUCCCUACCCUGAACGAGCUCAGCCAGGGGAAGGGGGGAGGCGGGGGAGGUGAACCCCCCAAGCAAUUCACCUUCAGUCGGCUAAUUUGCACCCCGAUACCGAUGGGUGACUGUAGUAAAUCGAGAAGUCUCAAGGAACAAGCCGACGACCCAUACGCGGACGACGAGUGGAACAUUCUCAGAACCACCGCCGAGGAGCUACGGCAGACCGUCAUGCAGCAAAACGACCAGAUUCAGAUGGAUCAGAGGACCAUCGGGGAAUUGACCGGGAAGCUGUCAGAGUGCGAGACCGGACUGGAGGACACCAGCAUCUCCGAGAGGAGCGUGGGCAUCUGGGCGGGCAAUCGCCGCCUGAUGGCCGGGGAUGAGCUGAGCGCAUCCGCGGCAAACCAGCAAUGGCAAACCGCGCGGGCCGUCGAGGAGCUAGAGAAAGCCAUACUCAACCUCAAAGACCGUAUUGAAAAGCUCGAGGCAGAAAUUGGUCCCGCAGCAGUGCAGCAGAACCACACAACAGACACCACGACCAGCCAGCAGCCUUUCAAGCCUUUCAUCAAGCCCAUCACCAGCACCAGUGCCAAAAGCAGUGGCGGCGGCGUUGGCGUUGGUAUUGACGGGGCCAAGCAGAAGACCAGCAGCAGCAGCAGCAGCUGGCGCGGCGUGGAGGACCUGGAGGGGGAGCUGAAGGGCAAGAUGGAGCUGCUGGAGAAGGAGAGGAAGACGCUGCGCAAGGAGACCCAGGGCCACCACAAGCAGAUCGACCAGGGACUCAACAACCUGCACAACCGCAUCGCCGAACUGGAGCAGAGUCUGACGGACUACAGCUACCCCGAGGGCUACAAGCUGUCCUUCCCCUUGCGGACCAACUACAUGUACGGCAUGGUGCGUCGCGUGAUCCCGGAGAUGUACGCCUUCACGGCCUGCAUGUGGCUGAAGCCCACCGAGGGCGGCAUCGGGACCCCCUUCUCCUACGCCGUGCCUGAGCAGCCCAACGAGCUGGUCCUCCUCCAGGGCAUACACAACCCCGUCGAGCUCCUCAUCAACGACAAGGUGGCCCAGCUGCCGCUGUUACUGCCCAUAGGCAUCUGGCAACACAUCUGUGUGAGCUGGACGCUGCGGGACGGAGUUUGGCGAGCCUACCAGGGGGGCAAGCUGAAGGGCCAGGGGGAAGGCCUGGCAGCCUGGCACCCCAUCAGGCCUGGAGGGGUCCUCAUCCUGGGACAGGAGCAGGAUACACUUGGUGGUCGGUUCGACGCGUCCCAGGCGCUGGUGGGGGAACUGUCCAAGUUCAACCUGUGGGACCGGCUUCUCUCCGCAGCCGAGGUGGCCAGCCUGGCCAGUUGCAGCAGUAGUUCCUCAGCCAAGCUGGGCAACGUGGCCCCCUGGACCAGCCGCGACGUGGAGGUCUUCGGAGGGGCCUCCAAGGAGCCUGUGGACCCCUGCGCUCACCGCCCUGGGGCCCCUCAGUAGGAGGUGUGGGAGGUGGGAGUGGGGGUCGGUGGGAGUCAUGGGUGGGAAGAAAAGAGAGAGAGAAGGGGAGAGAGGCAUGCUGGGAGGAUUGUUGUGGGUCACAAUUUUUUUUGUUAUUUGGUCACACUUUACAUGGAUGGUCUUGUAAGAAGAUGGUUCUACUGGUCAUAUCAUUAAGCACCUUUGUGGCUUUGUACCAUCUGGCCCUGUUGUGCAGGCAUAGCUGUGUAACGUCAAUUAAAAUCGUAAAAUAUAUUCAAAGUCUAUUGAU